UUUUUAAAAAUGGGGAACACUUGCUGAAGAAAUAAUAACAUUGAAGAAAGUAAAGACAAUUUAGAGUACAUGGAGAAAGAAGAUUUAGAUACUCAUGAGAGUUCAUCUUCAGAGUCUAAAAAAAUUGACUUUGUCAGAUCAGUUACAGAAGACUUUGAAAAUCACUUUGAAGAAUUUUUUACAAAAGAUAAAGGAAGAAAGAGGAGAGCAAACACUGAAGAUGAUGCCAAAGUUGGGAUGAUGCCUGAAAUGUUUGGAUAUGUUUCACAGAUCAUCUAUGAAAAAGGUGAAUCUCUUAAAACAGGAUGGCCUCAGAUAUUCAAACUAUAUCAAGAAAAACUUAAGCAAGAACAUGAAGAGAUAGUUAGACUAUUUAAACAAGAAAAGAAGAUCACAGAUUCCAACUCUAUGCGAAAGGGGUUCCAUAAUUUCCAUUAUAAGAACUCUAACUCUAUUUUCAAAAGUCUAUUUCCGGGCAAACAUGAGGAAAGUUCAACUAUUUUAAAGAGAAGGAUUAGAGAAUAUCUCUUAGAAAGAAUUAAUUCUGAACUAAAGUGAACUUUGCAAUAUCCAGACACUUUGAACAAUGAUAUUAAGAAUGAAAUUAUCGAAGGCAGAUGUAAUCAAAAACUUAAAGAGGAGUAUGAAAAGUACAAGGAAAGCAUAUCUGCUGCUACAAAUCCUAGUUCUAUAAGAAGGUCCUCGACCUUAGUACAAAACCCAGUUAGGCCUCCAACUGACCAUCUGACAAUACCCCCUCAAAGACAGCAAACUAAUUCAAGCAAUCAACAAUCUCAAACUCCUUCAAAUGAACAAUGGCAGAGAAUGACGUAUAAUGACUUAAUUGACUAAUUAAACCAAUUUUAUUUA